ACGGAAUAUUGAUAAUCACAAGCUAGUUCUAGUACUUCCACAACCGUUGGAACCAUUUGAAAGGUCAUACUAGAGUUUUUCAGAGGUAAUUCGAAAGACUACUUUGCAACCAAUCAUCGAAGCCUGAUGUAUGCGACAGUUGGUAAUUUGAUAUGAUUGUGUAAAUUAUCCUAUAUACUUUGUAUAGUGAGCCAUUUUGAACAAAAACAAUAAAAUGGAAAUAUAUCACGAAAUAAAGAGUUAAGAAUAAAUAACUGAUACAAUUAUGAAGCUUUUGAUUUGGUGAUUAUGAUGACACUCGGUAAUCCAAAAUUUAUCUAAUAAUUUCACGGAAAUCGAUCUAAUUUGAGCGUAAUAUCGAUAAAUAUUGAACACAUUUAGUAAAUUUCUACAUCAUAAUACAAGUGAAGCCCUUCAAAAUUCAUGGUUUAUACUUAUGAACGUUUUUAGUCGUCAUGACUAGAUUAUUUCAAGUAAACAUUUACUUUUAGUUGUUUCAAAGCUUUUGAAAAUGGAGAAUGAGCGCUCGAAUCUCUUGGCUAUCGUCAAACUUGUUGUACACGAUCUAAUUCAGCUUACAUUUGAUCAACAUCAGGUUUCUCUUGAUGAAAACAUUUUCUGGGGUGAAUCUAGGACUGUUCAUUGUGAAGAGGUUCUAAAUAUUGUCUGGCGGUUGCUUUCUGUUGUUGAGCACUGUCUCUGUCAUGGUUUACGUCGAGAUUACACAAUGCCUGACUCUUUUGACGACAACAAUGAAAGAACUUCAUCGAAAGGAUUAAUGAAGGAUGCGACAACUGUCGUCCGAAGAGCACGUAAUCAUGCCGUUUCCGCUGCAAAUAUUUUUAUGAAAAAUUCGUCACAUCCAAAUCCUUGGCCCGUAUUAUUGGAAGCAGAAAAAUUGUCAAAGACCACAGAUUCUAUAAGUAAAACUGUUGCUACGAUGACUGAAAUACGGACUGGACUAGGUCGCUCUCGCGUUUGGUUAAGGCACGCUUUAAUGAGAAAGCAACUAGGAGAGUUUUUUCAAGUCAUAAUAGAUUCCAUCGAUUCUUCCAAUUCAAAUGGGAGUUUGGAGAGUUCUCCAAAAGUCUGUGAAAGCAACACAAUUCCUGUAACACAAAAUUCCAGUACAUUUGCUACAUUUUAUCACUCUGGUGCUUUGCUUUUAAAUAACGAAGGAGUUGUCGUAACCGGUUUGUUAGCAACUUUGAAGUCUAUAGACUUUUGCUUCAUACUGAAAGAUAAUCUGUCUUACAUGGAUAAACCGUUACACGUAAUACCGUACCACAUAUAUUUACAGGCUAACUUGAAUAGACUUGAAAAGUUAUAUUCAAAAGUAAAUUUAUGUCGUCCAGCAGAUUUAUCAUCUUCAAUCGACCAGAAGAAUUUUUUAGAAGAUUUAUGCAACGUACUGAAGAAACGAAUCGAUCGAGAAAAUACAAUAAAUCAAAGACUAAACAAUGAAAUUACACACCUUUCUAAGCAGAUGGAAUCCAUGAAGCUUGAAAAUCGGAGUUUGUAUAUCACCGUAGCACAACUGAAAAAGGACCAAGUUGGUUUAAAUAACAUGCAUUCAGAAAAUAUGGAAGCAGUGAGUCGCAUAAAUCAAUUAGAGUCUGAAUUAAAAAAUUGCCAAAAGACAAAUAAAGAAAAUGCUGAACUUGUUGAAUCGAUUCGAAGUCAUUUAGAUGAAUCAAAUAAAAGAUGUAAUCAGUUAACCCGAUAUUUAUUCGAUUCCCAGUCGUCACUUGAACAUAAACAAACUAUAAUUAAACAAUUAGAAGCUAAGUGUAAAGGAAUGACAAAUAUGAUUGAACAGAUGAACGAGAGAAUAGCUAAGCUUACUAAUGAAAAGGUUUCACAGGAACGAGAUUUAUAUAAACUACGCGAAGAGUUGUCAAACGCAGACACAAAAUCUGUUGAGCAGUUAAAAGUGAUUGAAAAUCAAGCUAAUCAGAUCGAAAGAUUAAAAACUGAAUUGAAUGAGCAAACAAUCGAGUUGAAUAAUUCAAAGAUGGCUUCUGACCAGCUAGUUUUGUGUAAAUUAGAAGUUGAGGAGUUAGACAAACAACUUAAAGUCUGGCGUAAACGGUGUGAAGAACAGGAGUAUAGUUUAUCCGAAAUGGCUGCGGUUGUGAAUUCGAGUAAGCUUGAAGCUGAAAGUUUGCGUGAGUCACAUAGUGCAUUUAGUGAUGCUCAAUGGGCAAAUGAUUCUGAAAAUCCAAACUGUUUUCUUUGUCAGAGUCCGUUCAAUGUUAGUCGUCGUCGGCACCACUGUCGAAAUUGCGGCCUGAUAUUUUGUCACGAAUGUUCAUCCAGAAAAAUGACUUUACCAAGUUCUGCCAAACCUGUACGAGUCUGUGAUACAUGCCAUGGAUUACUUUUACAUCGCUAUAAUGCUAAAUAAACCAUAAUAAAUGGUUUUCUUUUGUAACAGUCGUAACAAUACACUUUUCGGAUAAAUAAUUGAAAAACAUACUUUUUCAGGUCUGAGCAUAAUAAGCUAAUGUGAUACAUUAAACUAAUGACAUUUAUGUUCAUUAUGUUCUGUCGCAUUUUCGUUUCUGGUUCCAUCAUCAAUAUUUCUUUUAACACAUUUAUUUCUUGAUUUUUAAAUGUAAUUUCACUAAUGUAUGUAUUGUCGUAUAGCUCACUUCUAUGAAUUUUUAAUUCUUUCAAAUAGAUGAAAUCGUAGUUAUUUUUUU